AUGCCACAACUGGUUGAUGCUACGGACAGCAACGCCACUGUUCGGGUGUUGUUGUAUCUCGCAAUCUUCAAUCCCAUCUACCUUCCUCUGUGGGUUAUCCUUGGCGCCAAGCACUGGAAUACCCUCUGGUCAACGAGCAGCGCCACGAUUCCCAUCAUGUGGCAGGUUAUCCUCGGUCUGACUGUCAACAGCUCAACUGUCUUUUGGCAAGCUCGCACGGCGCCCAUCUGCGUCUCUGGGGCCUCCCUGACACUAUCUGUUGGCGCUCUGUUGAUGGGUCUGGAUAAACCCUCUAAGCCUGCAAUGUUGAGUGACAUGCCUUCCCCGGCUGUCUCGGCGCAAAACCGACUUCUACCAGAACUCAUAGUAGAGAAGCAUCUCGGUAUUUGGACUUGUAUCAAAGGUGGCAGUUAUAUCAGCACAAAGCUCAAGCAGCUCAUUGCCGGCUGCGAUCUCGCUAGUAGAACAACUAAUUAUUCAGCAAAUCAGGAUUUCCUUUCCAGAAGACUUCCUCCUGGUGCAGCGAAGCCAGCGAAGUGUCUCUUUACGACACAUUUUCUGGACAAGGUUGAGGUUCUUGCAGAUGAAAUUGCGAUUCUGUCCAAAGGACAGGUCAAGUGCUGUAGACCGACUACAGCUCUAAAGCAGCUUCAUGGUGGAGGAUACAUUCUGGUCACAAGUGAAUACUCUCUUCUGGAAGAGAAUCGUCGUCUUGAUUAG